AUGGCGUCUGAAGCACCGUUGCUUCGCAGAACGACCAACGAGCCCUCCCGGACACCAACCACCAAGAGCCAGACAAGUGUCUGCGCUCAGAGCAGCCCAGAACAGCAACCGCAGUGUCGUACCCCGAAGUACAACGUGUGGUACCGCAUCAAGCGGGCCCUCACACGCACAGCGCCGACACCCACGGGCACUUCGGAGGCAGCAUCCGACCGCGAGCCUCACUGGACCAGCGAGAAGGAGGGCCGCUCCUUCAACUCUUGGUCGAGCGGCGCCACCAAGCUGUUCCGCCGCGACCGCUCCGAUUCCGCCUCUACUGGCGCGAACACUGACAACAACGGAUACGUUGUAACGCCAGCAAGCACACUAUCUAGCCACCGCCACCUCCUCCGCCACCCAGAGCCGCAACACGACAACACACCAAGCUUCAACAACCUUCACUCACCCAGCCGCGUUCUCAACAAACAGGCUGCGGAGCGUGAGACGCAUGUCCAGGACACCGAGAGUAGCCGCCUUUUCCUGCGAGCUCCACCCUUUCGCCACAGGCAGAGGGAGAAGCGGACGCCCGUCUGGGAGGUGUUCGUGGUGGAAGAGCCUACCGAUGAAGAGCAGGCAAGGCGUGCGUUUGCCCUUCUCGAGACGUGCGGUGCCGAGACUGCUCGUUCCGGAAAUCCCCUGGCGGCGGACAGGCGACGUUUUGACGAGGGAGGUGAGGAUGAGGAUGGUGGGGAGGCACCAGUGAGGCGUCCUGUCUUGGGAGCUCGCUUCUAG